AACGAAGGAUAUCGUACAAUGCAAACGUACUUUAAAACAGCCGCUACAUGGAUAGGAAGCAGCAUUGCCCAGUUCCUGAAACUGUUAAGUGAAGAAAUGGUGUGUGAGGAACAACCUGAGUUUUUCGCUCAUGAAUCAACACAGAUUUAAGGAUGGCUUGUGCCUCUCAAGACGGUGAAAGAAAUUAAGGAUUUGCAGUGUGGCUUUGCAUUGGAAACCUGGUAACAAACAGAAGUCAAAGUACACCCAGAAUGGAGAACGGAGAGGAGAAGCCGUGGUGUGAGCCAGCCUUGAGGAACAUGGCCAGGGCUGAUGGAGGUUCCACCCAGGUUGUGCCAGUGAUUGUGGGCUCCAACAAUACCAUCCAGCUCCCAGUCACCUUCAACACAGCUCAGAGUGGACCUGCACUGCAGAAAGAAAUGUCUAUAUCCCACCUGAAGUCCAUUCACCAGGAAGAGCUGCAAAGGAGGUAUUCCACUCUGUUUGAGUAUGCCUCCCGGCUGGGUGGACAGAGGGCCUCCACCAAUAAGAACUUCACACAUCCCUGGCUGACGGAGGGAGUUUUGGGCCCUGCUGGCCAUACCCACGAAGUUCUAGAAGCUUUUCACGGUUUUAAUGAGAGAGCUGAAGGCAAGACCAUUCAACUAGCUGACAUCUUCAAUGCAACUCCAACAGAACAACUGGGGACUUGCAGGCCACGAGUUGUGGUUACCAGGGGGAUCGCUGGAAUAGGUAAAACUGCCUGUACCAACUGGCUUAUCCACAGCUGGGUCAGUGGGUCUUCCCUCACUCAGUUUGACUUCAUUUUCCCUCUGCCUUUCCGGGAGCUCAGCUUGUUGCCAGCAGGGCAUUUAUAUAACCUCACAAGUCUGCUUCACAGUUACUACCCUUACCUGGACUGUUUUGAGCAGAUUCUCACUUCUCCUAGUAGGUGUCUAUUUAUUUUCGAUGGACUGGACGAAUGCCAGUUCUCCCUGGAUUUCACUUCUUGUCCAGAACACUGCUCUUUUUCAGAGCCCGCCCUACCUGUCUGUCUGGUUGUCAAUUUAAUACGUGGACAUCUUUUGCCAUGUGCCUCAGUCUGGAUCACCAGCAGACCAGCAGCCUUAGCCUGCCUCCCUGUCCAUUGCAUUGACCGCAUGACAGAAAUACAAGGCUUUCUGGACUGGCAGAAAAAAGAGUUUUUCUGCAGAAGGCUAGGAAGCUGUGGGAUGGACAUUGUUGCUCAGCUGAAGAAGCAACGGACCUUAUACAACAUGUGCUACAUUCCAGCAUUCUGCUGGCUGGUGGCUAUUAUUUUGGAGCGUUCUCCGGUGAUGAUUGAAGAAAAAUGCAUGCCUCAAAAUCUGACAGAAGUCUACACCAAAUUCUUUAUGUUGGCUGUGGUUUAUCAACAUCACAGAGGCCAUGGGAGUCAGCGAUCUGUCGAGGAUGCUAAUGAAGUCUUGAGGUCCAACAGUGCCACAAUCCAAAACUUAUCCAGAUUGGCUUACGAUGGCCUCAUAGUGCAAAAGUUAGUUUUUUCCCGGCAGGACUUGAAGGAGUAUAACUUGGAGAGGUUACAACUCUAUCAGGGACUGAUCAGUGAGUUUGUUGCAGAGGACAAUGGACCAUUUUGUCGAAAAGCCCAUAGCUUUGUGCACUUGACAGUGCAGGAAUACUUUGCUGCUUUGUUUGUGUUGAUCUCUUGCUCUGUCCCAAACAAGAGCUCUCUCUUCUCUCUCCAGAUAGAAUGUUUUGGAAGCGGUUGUCCGCAGGCGCUCUUCAUUGCUUUCAAAAAGGCCUGUCAGGAAGCCAUCAAGAGCUCUUCGGGACACCUGGAUCUAUUUCUGCGUUUUCUCUGUGGGCUCGCGUUGGAGUGUAACCAGCGUUUACUUCAAGGAUUACUGGGAAAGGUUAAGGAGAAACAUGAUGUUACUCCACAAAUGGUUAAGUACAUUCACAAGAUCCUGGAAACAGACCUAUCUCCAGAUCGAUGCCUGAAUCUUCUGUAUUGUCUCAAAGAGUUGAGAGAUAAUUCUUUGGUGCAGAAGAUAAAAGAUCUUUUGGCUACUGGGUCUUUAUCCUCAUGCUCUCUGUCCUCAGCAGAGUAUUCAGCCUUGGCUUUUGUAUUGGAAACUUCAGAUGAUAAUUUGGAUGUGUUCAAGCUGAAUCCAUAUAUAUCUGUUCCUGAUGGGCUAAGAAGACUCUCCCCUGUUGCCAAGCUGUACAGAAGACUUGAGCUUUUAAGAGGCACCAUAAAUCAAGAAGCAGCUGAAUGCAUUUACAACAUCCUGAGCUCAUUCAAGACACAAGUAACCGAAUUAAGCUUCAGAUACAUACAUCUCGAUGAUUCUGUGUGGGAGAAGCUGUGGACUGCUUUGAAAAGUCCCAACUGUAAGGUGAAAACCCUCAGCCUGAAAAACUGCAAACUUCAGCCUCGUCAUUUUAAAGAAAUUGGGAAACUUCUCACAAACUCCCCCAUAAAUGAGCUGGAUCUGAACUUCAAUUACGGGGGAGAUCUGGGAGUGAAACAACUGAUGGAAGGACUCAACAGUGCAACAUGCAGUGUCAGUAAGCUCAGGAUCGCUGGUAAUGAUCUGUCAGAUGAAUGCUGCAAGGACCUCCUCACUUUUCUCACCUCUAAGCAAUCCAGAGUGCAUCUUUGUCUGAAUGACAAUAGAAACAUAGCCACAGGACUGCCCUUCCUGUUCUCUGGAUUAAGCCAUCCUAACUGCCAGUUGAAAGAGCUGCACCUGCAGAUUUGUGGAAUUACAGCCAAGUGCUGUGAGGAACUGGCUGCCAAUCUGCACUCCAACCGGUCCCUCACAAAGCUCUUUCUGCAAAGGAACUACCUGGAAGACAGAGGUGUGGAGCAGCUCUGCAGCGCACUCCAGCAGCCAUAUUCAGUACUGCACACGCUGCAGCUGGAGGGGUGCAGACUCACCAGCAGGUGCUGUGGGCCCCUGGCUGCGGUGCUGGAGACCAGCCGUUCCCUAAGCAAGCUGAGUCUGGGCUGGAAUGAGCUGGGGGACGACGGGAUGAAGGUGCUGUGUCGGGGCUUGCAGGCGCCCGGCUGUGUGCUACAGACACUGGAGUUGGAAAGCUGUGAGUUGACAGCUGGCUGCUGUAAGAACUUGGCCCAGGUCCUCUCCUCCAAUCUGUCUCUGACUACUCUGAUCCUGACUGACAAUGAUCUUGAAGACAAGGGUGUGGCCUUGCUGAGCCUCGGACUGAGACAGCCCAGCUGUGCCCUUCAGACCCUUGUACUGCAGGAAAACAGACUGAAAGGAGCCUGCUGUAAAGACCUGCGACAAGCUCUCACCAGCAGCUCCUCUCUGAUCACUUUGGACUUGUCAAUGAAUCUCCUGACUGACCAGUCAGUUACUGAACUCCAAGGCCUCGCCAAACACUGUUUGAGCCUUUGUACAAUAGAGCUAAGGUUAAAUAAAUUCAGUUGCCAAGGUAAGAGGAAGCUGAAAUCCCUGGAGUGUGGACUCAAAGCAUCUAUCAACUUAUAACUCAGAAACAGCUAGUGUUAAAGGGCUAAAUUAUUCAAUACAUAGAUAUAAGCACAAUCCCUGAUCUGAGACUGAAGAUCUUGAUGCUAUAACUCCAAAGAAGACGAAGUAGGAGAAUGUACAUCCUGGCAUAUCAAGACACUUCAUUGUGUGUCUGGAGGACCUUUUAAGGGAAUGGUUUUCUUCACAGAUGACUUUUAAAAAAAAACAUUGUCAUAAUUCAUAAUGCUUAUUUUCAUACCAAUCCAAUUUGGAAUGCUAAUUGUUAAUACAACGCUUGUACAUAUCCAAGGAGAAUAAGAACUGUAUGCUAUCCUUCAACUUGCAGUGUUGAGCCAGUCACCAUUUUACACACUGCAAACAAACAGUGCUUUACAGAUCUGUUGUUGGAUUGCUGUCUCUGAUAUUACUGCAAGCUCAUAGCCACCUAGCAAGUUACAGGCAGAAAAUGAUGGUCAUCCCAAGCCCACUUACCCCAGCAGUGCUUGGCCAAUGGUUUUGUUGCAUGUUGCCAGCAGUCAUAUCACCCUGCAACUCACAACUAGCAGCCCACUGAAGCUGUGUGAGCCUGGUCAGUA